AUGUCGGCCGCCACCACCGGCCCUGCCCCUCCGGUGGCCACUCAGAUGGCGCCCCCUCCGUCGUACCCGGCCUCCUCUACUGCCUCAGCCUCCGUGGCCACGUCCGUCGAGGAGGAGGACGACCUCUAUGGCCGCCUCAAGUCGCUCCAGCGUUACAUGGAGUUCGUCGAGAUCCAGGAGGAGUACGUUAAAGACGAACAGAAGAACCUCAAGCGCGAACUCCUCCGUGCGCAGGAGGAGGUCAAGCGGAUCCAGUCCGUACCGCUCGUCAUCGGCCAGUUUAUGGAAAUGGUCGACGGCAACAACGGCAUCGUGGGCUCUACCACGGGCAUCAACUACUACGUGCGGAUCCUCAGCACCAUCAACCGCGAGCUGCCCAAGCCGUCAGCGUCCGUCGCGUUGCAUCGUCAUUCCAACGCUCUAGUCGACGUGCUGCCGCCCGAGGCCGACUCCAGCAUCUCCUUGCUGGGAUCGUCGGAGAAGCCCAACGUCACCUACAACGAGAAGCAAGUUGUAUACGCCGCUGCUGUAGCAGUCCCCAAUGCUGAAGAACUCGACGCUAUCCUGCACGAUGUGGCCAUGCGGCAUAGCGGCCUUGCCUGUCGGCUUAUGCAGCUUGUCGAAUGCACAGAUCGAGCAGGGAUAUUGGAGGACGCGACAUCCAAAAGCAAGAAAUACGGGAGGCGGUUGAGUUUAGCUGUGUCAAAAGGCCCUAGAAUGGUGCGUGAUGUGUUCCGUUUGGCUAAGGAGAAUGCCCCAGCAAUCAUUUUCAUUGAUGAGGUUGAUGCUAUAGCCACUGCUCGUUUUGAUGCUCAGACUGGUGCUGACCGAGAAGUUCAGCGUAUUCUUAUGGAGCUACUCGAUCAGAUGGAUGGGUUUGAUCAAACUGUGAAUGUGAAGGUUAUAAUGGCAACUAAUCGGGCAGACACUCUAGAUCCUGCUCUGUUGCGUCCUGGUAGACUUGACAGGAAAAUUGAGUUUCCUCUGCCAGACCGGCGUCAGAAGAGGCUUGUUUUCCAAUUAAUCUCUUGA